GAUAAUAGUAGAGUUACUACAGUUAAAUUUUUCACUUACUCAGUGCCUACCUAGAUCUUGUGUAGUCGAAGUUUGAAUGUAAAUGUAAUUUUUUCAAGUGUUCUAUGAAGUGUUUAGUAACGCAGUAGCAACAAAAAUGGAAGCGGGUCUACGAUGGAGGUAUUUUAUUUUGGCGAUUUUCAUCUUGAAAAUGGCCAUAAUUGGAAUAGAAUGCAAAGUUAACUAUAAAGAUUCCAAUGAUAUAUGUUCGAAAAAUCCUUGUUAUAACGGUGGUAGAUGUUCUCAAACUUCAGCAUAUCCGGGUUACAAAUGUUUAUGUUCUGGUACCGGAUACUCUGGCAAUAGAUGCGAAAAAAAGUGUCCAAUUCCCGGCGUACCUGAACAACGGAAAAGAAUGGCUACACCUUCAGAAUGUAUUGUCAUCUGAAUUCAUUGAUCUGUAUCUUAUGCUAAUGAAGGAAUAUGAAUUUAUAUUUUGUAAGUGUAAUGACUAAUAAAUAAUAAAUAAUGGGCCAAUAAUUUGCACGCAAGUUUGAAAUUAUUUAUUUUGAUAAAAAUAAAUUAUAAUGGGUAUGUGCAUUU